UGUUAAAAUUACAACUGGUGGUGUGAAUAAAAAAGACCAAGGAGAAGAGCAGGUUGCAGAAGAAAGAGUUGUAUAAAACGAACUAUGAGCCCAGAUGCAUAGAUCUAUAAAUAGUUAUCAGCUGGGUUACUGAGGGAAAAGGAACGACAGGAUUCCUCCUCACGGCAGGUCAUUGUGAGACAUUCCGGUUUCCUGGUGUGGUUUUUAGCCAGAGGUGAUAUGCCAGGCAAAAUUCUGAAAACUAGUGUCUCUUUAAAAGAAAAAAAACAAACCCACUGGUGGGUAGGAAUAGUGGAGUGUGGCUGGGAUGACAUGUGGUGCUAAUGCAGCGCACGGACCCGUGGCACUAUCGGUGUGAGAAUAACGAGCUGCUGGAUUUCCUCUUGCCAGCGUUCAGCCUAGUCUCUGCCAGCAUAAGCGUAGCCUGUUUUAGGUCUCCAACAUGCCUGGAGUUGGAGCGAUACCUUCAGACGGAACCACGGAAGAUGUCCGAGACCUUUGGUGAGGAUCUGGACUGCUUCCUUCAUGCCUCCUCAGGCCCGGAUCCAGAGGACAGUAUCCGACAACUGGACCCUGUCCUUUUACCAGUGGAGACAAGUACCUGUGACAAAAGCGCCAACAUGGACAUUAUCCUCUCACGGGACAAGCUGCUGUCUGAGACAUGCCUCAGCUUGCAGUCCACCAGCUCUUCCACAGAAGGCUACACAGCUGUCAACCAGGCCCAACUCAAUGCAGUAACCUCAUUAACACCCCCUUCCUCUCCAGAGCUCAGCCGCCACCUUGUAAAAACCUCACAAACUCUCUCAGCAGUGGAUGGCACAGUGACACUGAAACUGGUGGCUAAGAAAACUUCACUCAGCUCCGUGAAAGAGGGUGUAGCAACAGCGACCACGGGGACAAUAAAAAGUGGGCAAAGCGACAGUGAGCAAGGAGGUACAGGGGCAGAAGCAUCCCCAGAAAACAAGAAGAGGGUUCAUCGUUGUCAAUUUAAUGGGUGCCGAAAGGUUUAUACAAAGAGCUCCCACUUAAAGGCUCACCAGAGGACUCAUACAGGUGAGAAGCCUUACAAGUGCUCGUGGGAAGGAUGCGAGUGGCGUUUCGCACGGAGUGACGAGCUCACGAGGCAUUACAGAAAGCACACGGGUGCAAAGCCCUUUAAAUGCAACCAUUGUGACAGGUGUUUUUCCAGGUCUGAUCACCUCGCCCUCCACAUGAAGAGACACAUCUAAAUAUCAGCUUGGUACAGAUGUCAUCUGAGCUAAGUGUUGUGAGAUGAAAGUGGAACUCAAGUUACAAAACGCUGCCUUGCAGGAGAAGAAAACCUGAUCACGUGUAACCCUCUGUAUAGAGACCACAGGCUCACACUGUCAUGCACCCCGUUAUACUUCAAUACGUACAUCGGUUCUUUAUGCCUUGCCCCAGCUGGAUGGGAGACGAUGCAGGCGGGGAAACGGUAUGGAGGUGAAGUCAAUGAGAAGGAACAGUUGCUUACAGUACUUCAUCCCUCUUGGAUUUGUUUCCUGUUUUUGCCAAUGGAAAUCAAAGAAAACUGAGGAGGCUUCCCUGCAGGUGGAUGGCAGUAGGAGGGGCUUAUUUAACUUGCUUCUCAGUGCAACUCAAUAGGAGAAUAUGUCGUCUUGAAGUUGCAUAUUUGUAGCACUAACUUUCUUUUUAAAUAGAUGGGGGGAAAACAAUGACCUAGAAAACCAAAUUCCAGUUUGGUAGCCAAAAUUAACCUCUUGGUUCAUUUGUUCUUUGUCUGAGAAUUCCUAAUGUUCAGUGCAUCAGACUUCUCACAGACACUUUGACCUGUCUUGGUUUUGGUUCUUCUUCCUAGAACUGAGCUAUUGAGAUCCUUUUAAGUCAAUACCAGUGGCCUUAAUGGCAGUAGACUGUGGAGUGACACUUGUGACACAAAUAUCCUCUUUUUGGCCUGAGUUUAUGUAGACUUCAUGGAGGACUAUAUUUUUGUUGGUUGUUUUUAUUUUGUUUUUUUGUUUUGGCUAUUGCACAACAUAUGCACUAGGGACUCUGGAAGCUGCUGCCAUGAUGGCUAAGUGGCCAAGGGAUAAAGCCGUGAGAAACAGCACCUAAUAUCUCUGUAGGCCUCACCUUAUUGCCAUAGCUAGAACUUCUUGUUUAUUUGUUGAACAAAAAACUUUAAAAGCUUAUUUGAAAGCUUAAAUAUUUUUUCUCUUUUCUCCACGAACAAGUGAUCUUCAGAACUCCUUGUCUUCACCUGGAUAUCGGUCUGGGACUGGCCACACAGGCAUGACUACAGGAUUCCUUCCACAUCAUGUGAGCAUGUUAGCCACAACCCACAGUGACUUAGCAAUGAAUUAUGUUGCUUUUUCUUGCUGAUCUUCUAUUAACCAAUUUAAAACAUUAGACUUUCAUUUGUGUAAAGAGCACCUGCAGAUGUUUUAAUUUAAAGCUAAUAUUUGUUGAGCAUCUUACAAAAAUAAAAGAACUCCAACAACAAAAAACAAGCCAAAAAUCCUACUCAAGUCUCUGAGUGGGAAAUCGAGAACCUCUUCCAAGUACAAUGGCUUCAUUCAGCAUUAGCUUUUUAAAGAAAUUAUCAAAGUCCUCCUUUUCCAUUCAUCAGGUUGAUGCUCUAUCCCACUCCUAUGUGAAAAUACGUAACGGUGUGAACGGUGAAGGAAUGGUUGGAUUUUCCACACAGCAGUGAGGUUUUUCCAAAUGAUUGGUCUAAAGUAUUACUAGCCUAGAGAUCCAAUUUGGACUACUGUGUGAACCAUCAAGGAGAAGUGGAGGUCUCAUGCUCACCCUUCAGUCCUAUUGAUUAUUUGAUUUUGUUGGCUCAAAGUGGAUUAAAGUCUUCAUUACAAAAGAAAAAAAAAAAAUCGUAGCAUAACUUGCAUUUGAAACUAUUUGGCACUGGCCCUGACUCCAAAGACUGCAUUUAGGACCAUAAAAAUGGCCUAUGCAAGCAGGCAGGUGGUCAUUAGGUUGUAUAUUUUGUAUAUUCUGGGACCAUCCCUACAAGGUGUGUCUAGAAAUGAAUCAAAAUGGCAUGUGGUCCACAAAUGGUUGCUGCUUUUUUAUACCGUAUUAGCCAGCUGCCCUUCUCUGACUGUUUUGACUCAUUGACUGUUAAAUAUUUCCCUUAAUUUAUGUUUUGUGAGGUAAAACUGUACACUUAGGGGAAAAAAAGAACAAAAAGAAACUCAGUAGAUGUUUAAGAGCCGUCACCGGGAUCCUUGGCACUUGAAUUCUCAGCAUUUUGCAACCUUUGGUUCCAGUGAAAGAUUGAAUUUACUCAAAAGAUGCUGUUUUUCCUCACAGUUUUCACAAAACACUGUGACUGUCAUCUGAAUGCUUUGGGGACAGGGGGAAAUAUGAUGUCUGGCCCAUAUGGCAUGAAAUAUGGACCAAAAUCUAACCAUCUUUUAGGGACAAUGAUGUAACAUUAGUGAUAAGAGCAUGAGAGAGAGCAAGAGAGAGAGUGAAAGAAAUAAAAGAAAGACAGAGAAAGAGAGGGAGAAUGAAAACUGAGUUUAUUCCAAAGAUUUAAAACUAACUAUAUGUGUGUGUAUAUAUAUAUAUGUCUAUAUAUAUGUAUACAUUUUAAAAUUGCAGAGCACUGCUUGCUGACAAUCUCGUAUUUCUCUACUUCUGUAUUUGCAUACUUUUUAUGGCCAUUCCACCCAGCUGUCCCACUGGGACUGAGGGCCCUAGAAUCCAAUUUGUGUUGGAAUAUAUAGAGCAUCCUGCCAGAUGUCUAAUGGGAACUGAAACCUCAGCUCUGUGAAACUGUAGAGCAUCCAGUCCGUGCAUUAGAUUAAAAAAAGGAUAAGUGAAUCCUAGAAUUUCAUUACUGUAGUGUUCUGAAGUGUGUGCUCUUAAAACCAACACUAUGACAUUCAUUUGCUCUCAACCUCCGUAAAUAUCCUCCUUUGACCUCUGAAAACACCUGCCUUUAGACAUCCUACCAGUAGUCUACAAACCUUAAUUAUUAAAUUACAGUUUAAGUACCAGUCUCUAUUUAAAAUGGAAAAAAAACCCAAGCAGGACUGUUAGUUACUUCCAGUUGUUAUUUAUGGUCUUGUUGAUACCUUAUGGUAUAUAUGGUAGAACCCCAUGGAAAAAAUCACGCUGAAAUGUCUGAUUAUUUUGCUCUAGAGGCAGGCCAACAUCUGAGGUAUGGAUCCAAAUAGCCUAAAAAACAUAAAGAAAAGGGGAAUAAGAGACUUAACCAGAUUUCGGAUUCAUCAGGUCCUCUCAAUAGCAGGUCUUGAACUCUGAAGCCAAAUUUUGAGCUUUGGGACCAUCUCUUCUGUUUGUAAAGGGAGAUAUUUUUCACCUGUGUGUACAUUGUGUACUUAAUCAAUUCCUGGAAUUCAGUCUUUGGGUGCUCAUAUGCAAGUGUCUUAGUCAUUAACAGAAUUUUGAACCAUAGCUGGUAUUUGCAGAAGGAGUCUCCAAAUUAGUGCUGCAUUCCAGAAUUCAGUUUUUACAAUGAUAAGUUUUGUUUCUUUGCAGAUAUUUUAAGCUGGCACUUCAAAUUCAUGUAAUCUGUUAUAGCUAGAUCCUCUUGGGCUCCUUUUUCCAUGCUAAACAUGUGCAAUUGUCCUGUAUUUGUACACUAUGAAUAGAGACAGAAUAAUGAGGAAAGGUUAAUCCUGUCUGUAAGUCUUCUUGGAAACAAUUCCAUAAACAGAUGAUAAAUAGUCUUUCACAGCGGAGGACUGAGUUAUCAUAGAAUCAUAGAAUGGUUUGGGUUGGAAAGGAUCUUUAUAGGUCAUCUAGUCCAACCCUCCCUCAGUUGACAUCUUCAACUAACUCAGGUUGCUUAGAGCCCUGUCCAGCCUGACCUUGAAUGUUUCCAGGGAUGGGGUAUCUAUCACCUCUCUGGGCAACCUGUUCCAGUGUUUCAUCACCAUAAAAGAUCUAUUAUCUCUAGUCUGAAUCUACCCUCUUUUAGUUUAAAACAAUUACCCCUUGUCAUAUCAUUACAGACUCUGCUAAAAAGUUUCUCACCAUCUUUUUUAGAGGCCCCCUUUUAGUCCUGAAAGGCCACAGUAAGGUCUCCCUGGAGCCUUCUCUUCUCCAGGCUGAACAACCCCAACUCUUUCAGCCUUUCUUCAUAGGAAAUGUGUUCCAUCCUUCUGAUCAUUUUUGUGGCUCUCCUCUGGACCUGCUUCAGUAGGUUCAUGUCUGCCUGGUGCUGAGGACUCCAGAGCUGGAUGCAGUACUCCAGGUGGGGUCUGAACAGAGCAGAGGAUUAUCCAGCUGUAGAAAGAAGCAGCUUAACCUUUUUUCCUUCAUGCUAGAUUUAUGCCUAUUUGCAAAAGAUAAGCCAUUAUAAGAAAGUCAGAUUGUAGUUUCCAAGGUGGUGGAACUAUAGGAUGAGAACAAAUUGAUACAAAAGCCUCACAUAAUAGUGUACAUAGAGGAAGCAACUAAAGCAAAUGUGAAUUUUUUUGAAUAGCUAAAUAAUAUUUUGGAGGGAAGCAGUCAAUCAUAGAAUUAUGCACAUGGGAAGGGGCCUCCAGAGGCUGCCUUGGUCAUCUUCCAAGAGCUGGUUGCUCAGGGCCAUACCCAGCAGAGUUUUAAAUAUACCCAAUGAUGGAAAUUCUACAACCUCUCUGUGCAGACUGGACCAGCUUUACAGUUAAAAAAAUAGUAAUUAAAAUCUGUAUGUCAAGUAGGAAUUUGGCGUGUUCUACAUUGGUUUCCUUGCCUCUUCUGCUAUGAACCUCCAAGAAGAAUCUGGCUUCUUUUCUACACCCUCUGUUAGGUAUUUGUAGACAACAAUACAAUCUACCCUCACCAUUCUCUUCCUAAGGUUGGACCAUGUCUCUCAGCCUCUCUUCAUCCAUCAUGUGUUUCAGAACCUGAUCUCCAAGGUGGCUCUCUGCUAGAUUUGCUCCAAUAUGUCAAUAAUUUUUUAGUGAUGACAAGAUCAGAACCAGACAGAAUGUUCCAGAUUGAGAUGCACUUCAUAUGUUACAGUGUUGAUACAAGUUAAUUAUUCUUGUUUUUUCCAUUAUCUGAUUGAGACAAGCUAUACUGUAUGACAAGUUUCUAUUUUGAAAACUGACUUAUGAAAAAUUAUUUAGGAAGCAUCAAUAUAAAGAUUUUUCUAGUCAGAUUUUCUGAAUCUGUGUAUAAAAGUGUGCUAAUAUAAAUACACCCUCUCUGUACUGCCAGCUUGAUGCCUGGCAAGCAAAAUUCUUUUUUUCCAACAUAAUAAUUGCUUUUUACCUUAAACUAGAAAAAUGUAUUCUUUCACUCACAUUAAAUAUGAAGACAUAUGAUGCUGUAUUUUAGUCACUUUUUAGACCAAAACAACACUUUAGUGCAUCUUUAUUCUGUUUGUUUUUCCCCUUAGGAGAUAAAGAGCAACCUAAAAUUUCACAUGUAUUUUAUAAAGAUUGGCCUAACAGAAAAGGGAAUUCUAGAGUCCAGAGUAUUUUUCAUUAUCCCGCAGUUUUCAAUAGCCAGUACUCAGUCUAGAAAAUUAUAUUACUUGGUUAAAUUGGCAAAUGUUUUUAAAACAGAGGGUUGAACUGGAUGACUUCCAGAGGUACCUUCCAACAUUAAUUUUUGUGUGUUUCUGUUACUCAUUUCUGAACUCUCACUGAUAAAUGUGUACUGGUUUUAGUUCUUCCCUGUCUUCUGCUGGCAGAACAGACUGUAGGAGAGGUCUGUAUGGUUUCUCUCAAACUCUGAAAUUUUCAUCCUUAUUAAACUUUAUAAGGCUUCUUCACAAGGGAGACUUAGAGAGAAGGAAAUCUUAAACAAACACAAAACUCUUAGCAAACCAGUUUGAAGCAAUAUGAUACCAUGAGAUGUGUCACAGCUGCAGGGACCAACCGGAUAUUAUGGGAACAAGUUUGCUAGCCUGGAAGACCCAUAUGAUGUCUCAAAAAUGUUUUCCAGGACCUGAAAUCUUAGCCAAUGUAUAUUUCUGCAAAUGUGAAGUGGUUUUUUUUUUUCAUUCUUAUUUUCCUCAGACUUUUUGGAAUUUGCUGGUUUUUUAGACUAGCAUAUUUUCACUUAGUGCAUGGAAAGCACUGACCACACACAGAUGGGGAAGAAGAAACUAAAUGCAGAGGAGCCCCUAGGUCCUUGCUUUUAGAAUUGUUUUAACUUCAGGAGUAAAAAGAUAGCUAAUCACUAGGGUGUAUGGCUAAAAUGGAGAUGAUCAAAAUGAUAGUUGCAGUGAUUGAAUGUAUCUUAUCUGUGACCUUUUUGAUAGCUACAGAAUCAGGCCUUCUCUCAUUUUUACCUGUCUCUAGACAAUUCGGGCUUUUUAGCAAUCUCUAAAACAAAGAUUGCUCAUCCUAUUUAACAUAGUUUGUUUAUCUGUGUACAAAAGAGGUCAUAAUUGGUGCUUUUGGCAAAACUGAUGAAAAUACACCUUGCUUAUAUAUUUCCAUUUCUCUGCCUUUUCCCUUAAUGUGUGUCACAAUCUUUAAAUUGAAUAAAUAAAAAAGAUGAAUAUUUCAUAAAUAAUGUAAUGUUACUAGGCCAGCACCCAGUGGAUCAAGGGCUUUUAUUCUUGAUUUUAUUCAGGAUUUGGCAUAUCCUGUCAUUCCUUCCAGUACGACUGUUUUUAAGCUUUCAUAUCCUGGGUGAUGCCUCUAACCCAAUAGUCUUCUAAAGUACUUUUUGCUGAUUUCAGGUAGAAUUGCACUCACAAAGAUCCCCGCAUACCAAGAACAAAAGCAAUGCUUAACAGUAACUCUUUUUAACUCUGUCUUGAGAAAUGAAAAUUAUUUCCUCCCAAGAUACUACAGCUACAAGUCUUGCCUGUAUUUCAUUGGCAUUAAAUCUACGCCUUCUUGAAUGAUCAUUUCCAGAUCAAGCUUGGAUAUUCUUCCUUUUGUCACUUUGUGUCUCUUUUUAUGAAUAGUUUAGGUCCCUUUUUAAUAAUAGCUUAGGGAUGACUACUGCAGUCUUUCUCCUCCACAGCUUUAGUGGAAAGAUUUAGCAUUGUAAGAACGGUAGCAUGUGGCCUACCAGGUACUAAGAUCUGUCUUAUAAAGCUGAGACUUUCCUCCUCCCUUACAGGAAGAAGUCCAAGAUGUACUUGUGCUAUAUAAGUUAUAUAUAUAAUGAUAUAGUUGUAUAUAUAAAUUAUAUACAUUAAAAUGUGGAGUUGAGGAUUUAGGUUGCCUUUAUCACCUCAAAAAAGGGUUUCCCUACUUGAAAACUUUCAAAUGCAGGCAUCAUUUAUUAAACAGGGUUUUAUAGUUUUCCUUAAAGCUUGUUAAUGGUAUUUUUGGUGUAAUAUUUGAAGUUGGAACUCUUUGAUUUUCAAAAUGAAAGCUUUGAUGAUUUUUUUUAAGUGCUUUGGUCCUAACUUCUAGAUACUGCCAGAAAACAGGUUCUACACUCUGUCUCUGUGUGGGUGUGGAUUUACAACAGUGUACCACGUAUACCUACACAGAAGAGGAAACUGAGCUACUGACUUACAGUUUGUAGUAGCCAACAGUGCCUAUUGCUUUGAUUUAGGGAGGGCACUUGCUGUCGGCAUCGCAUUUUAGGAAUCACAUCAGCUUCUGUAAGAAAGUUUUCAACAAUGCUAGGAAAUACACGUUGCUGGGUACUGUGAAUGAGCAGGUUGCAAAUCUGAGGGUUGGGAGGGGAGGUGGGAAGGGAGAGAAAUGAGGACUUAGCAUGUACACACUAAAUGUGAAUUAGAAUGGACCGAAAGGUGACAAUUUCAGCCUUGAUUGUUGGGCUCUUGGGGAAUUGAAAAGCUAACAUGCAGUCAGUCCCUGGAGAGCCUGAUGGCUGAAGGGCUGAUCUUUACUUUUUAGUUUGCAACAUACAUUGUACCCAUCACGCUGUAUUUUAAACCCCAGGCCUGUCAAAUUCUGGAAGCAAAUCAAAACACUGGUUUAAACACUACUUUGUUACCAAGGCCAUGUCUCUACCAGAGAAGUUGCCCUAUGUUAGUAUAUCAGUCUAGUUAAAAUCAGUUUGUAGCUGCAUCUAUUACUUCACUGCCUGGAUUGAGUUUGCAUUGGCAUCCUAUGCAGAUAAUGCUUCAAAAAUGCUUCAAACCAAAAAAGAUACCUCUACAAGGAGGUUCUUGCACCAACUGAAGUACCUGGUUUUGAAAUCAUUGCAUAUAAACCAUAACAGCUUUUCUCUUAGAAACAAGGCCUUAGUUCAGCAUGUCUACUCAUCUAGUUGAAAAAAUAACAAUGCAGGCUGAGAUUUUUUGUUUCUUACUUUGCAAAGUGGCCUGUUUUCUUUCUUGUUCUCUGAAACCUUUCUUGCUCUCUACUACACAUCAGAUUUUUGUUUAGGGGAUUUUUUUUUUUAGCAACAACAACAAAAAAUAAAUGCUCCCUAUUAAGAAAAAAAAAAAAGAAAAAAAACCAACAUUGCUUGAAGGACUUUCAUUUUGCACUAUAAUUUUUCUUUUACCAGAUGUGUCUGACAAGUGCAUUUUGAAGAUGCCCUCGGUCACGUUCUCUCAGGCCUACUCUGGUAUUUCUAAUAUAUCACAGAAGUACCCAAUCUUGUAGCCCUCAGUUCUGCCUUUUUUUGACAUUUUAUUUUUUUUAAGCUUUUUAUAUAUAUAUAAAUAUAAAUAUAUUACUUUGUCAGUUUUUUUGCUGUACAAAAAGUCUUAAGAUUUAAAAAUAUUAUUUGUAUUAUAUGAUGGUGGUAUGUUAAUGUUACAAAAUUAUUAAUGAAGAAAAAAUUUAUUUUUGUUACUGGUCUGUUUCAUAAUUCUUUUUUAAAUUGGUAUAUUGUAAGAUAUCUAUGCAAAAAUGUUAUGUGACGCAUUUUUAUUUAAGAAUGUAAUAUGUGUAAUAAACAGUAGAAUGUGUUUGGCCUGAC